AUCUACCGUGCGGCCAUGUUGCAUCUCGCACUUCGCAAUGCAGGCACACCUCGCCACUGCGUUUGGGCGGCGGGGGAUGUAUCUACAUGGUUAGGUACGAGGCACGGUCCUCCACGUUGCAAUGUCAGGGAAAUGCCCGGGCCGACGAAGGGUACUCUGGCCCGAAGCGCAAAUCCGCUGUCGGGAGGUCUUGCUCUCAGCACCGAGUUAUGCUCUAUGCGACGCUGGAGUUGCUUGCGCGCCAUCGGCGGAUGUGUUUUGGGCUGUCCGACACGACCCUCAUCCAAGCGCCUGUACGUCGUCGUGCCAGUGUUCGAUAUGUUCUGGCCCAUCUCGGGUACCUUUCUUCCACGUACUGUCAACUUGCACCGCUUCUGUACUGAGUCGCACCGCUCAGCUCAUGCACUCUCGGUGCAACAUGACGCUACAUGGUAGCUCCCCAGACCCGGCCCCGAGGUUUAGCACUACCGAACUCGUCGACGCACAACCUCCAUUACGGAACACCUCCGGUCAUAUUCUGGCGCACCAAUGUACGUCGAUGGCGAGAGGCACGGGAACUGGGAGACCACCGAUUCCUGAUACCCCACUUGCCCGCGCUUGCAAGGAUCGUUGUUCAAGCUUGUGUACACAUUCAGAAACCGCGUUGUGUUUCGACCUGAUGUCCGUGUUGGUCUCGGACUAUCCGAAUGCUGUACCCAAAGCACGCAAGACAGACGCGUGGCCGACCGUCUAUCUGGAUCCUCGCGAUUCCUAGCCCCCACAUCCCGGUGUCGUCAGCGAAAAUCUCUUCUCGCCUAGCAACAUUCCCACUCUAGCCACCCGGUU